AUGCUUCGAACCUGCUCUGCCAGGCUCCCUGGCCUGGCACGUACAUAUACCAACCGUGUGAGCAGGUCAAAACAAGUGGCUUCGCUUUUAUCAAGCUCUGCAAAAAGGACGUUUACCGAUGCCGCCCCUUCGUCAAGGGAACCCACCGAAUUAGAUAAUGUUACGACACUUCCAAACGGCAUAAGGGUUGCCUCCGAGGCCCUCCCAGGGGCCUUUUCAGGGGUUGGCGUUUAUAUCGAUGCAGGUUCUAGGUACGAGAACGACUACUUGCGCGGCGCUAGUCACAUUAUGGACCGUCUUGCUUUCAAGUCGACAAACAAGCACACUGCGGAUGAGAUGCUGGAAGCCGUUGAGCAUCUGGGUGGAAACAUUCAGUGCGCUUCCUCGCGAGAAUCCAUGAUGUACCAGGCUGCCACCUUCAAUCAGGCCAUUCCAACUACCGUUGGUUUGCUGGCCGAGACAAUACGAACCCCUAAACUUACAGACGACGAAAUCUCCCAGCAGCUUGAGACGGCCCAGUACGAGGUUACGGAGAUUUGGUCAAAACCCGAUCUGAUUUUGCCCGAGCUUGUGCACACGGCAGCUUUCAAGGACAACACUCUUGGAAACCCAUUACUUUGUCCACAAGAAAGGCUGGGUUCCAUCAACCGAGAAGUCAUCUCGGCAUAUAGGGAUGCGUUCUACCGCCCGGAGAGGAUGGUUGUGGCCUUUGCUGGCAUUCCGCACAUGGAUGCCGUCAAGCUCACGGAGCAGUACUUUGGGGAUAUGAGGGGAAAGCCUCCGCCAAAGGCCCAGGAAACAUCCACAAUACCAUCAGAUGAGUCUGCAGCUGCACAACUGCAGCAGCAGCAACAGCAGCAACAGUCUAGUCUGCUAAGCAAGCUGCCAUUCUUCAAAAAUGCCUCCAAACCCAUCUCUCCCAGCGCAUUACCCACGGCUCCCCUAGAUACCGGUGCUUCCCACUACACCGGCGGCUUCCUCACGCUAGCCCCUCAACCGCCGCCAUUGAACCCCAACAUACCCAACUUCACCCACAUACAGCUCGCGUUUGAGGGACUUCCCAUCCUCGACGACGACAUCUAUGCGCUCGCGGCCCUGCAGACUCUGCUCGGCGGCGGUGGCUCCUUCUCCGCCGGCGGUCCGGGCAAGGGAAUGUACUCGCGGCUGUACACAAACGUCCUCAACCAACACGGGUGGGUCGAGUCAUGCGUGGCGUUCAACCACUCCUACACCGACUCUGGUCUAUUCGGCAUCGCAGCCUCGUGCUUCCCCGGCCGCACAGCCAGCAUGCUGGAGGUCAUGUGCCGUGAGCUGAGGUCCCUGACGCUCGACAAGGGUUACUCGGCCGUUACCAAGGCCGAGGUCGACCGGGCCAAGAACCAGCUGAGGUCGAGCCUGCUGAUGAACCUCGAGAGCCGCAUGAUCGAGCUCGAGGACCUCGGCAGGCAGGUUCAGGUCCACGGCCGCAAGGUGCCCGUGCACGAGAUGACGCGCCGCAUUAACGCGCUUACCGUCGAUGAUCUGCGCAACGUCGCCCGCAGGGUUGUCGGCGGUAUGGUCGAGAACCCGGGCAGGGGCAGCGGCGCCCCGACGGUUGUUCUUCAGGAGGCGACCGCCGUUGGUGUCACCAAUAAGCAGCUGAGCUGGGACGAGAUUCAGAACAUCAUUCGCCAAUGGCAGCUUGGCAGGCAAUGA